UCCGUCUGUCGCUGUGGGAGGAACAGCGCAGUCGGCGGCAGAGGGUUCUUCGGGAACCAAUAAUUCUUCCGCAAGCUCAGGCUCGACGCAACGUGACAGAAGUGCGAUGGGACCACCUUCAACAGCGGCUCCAAGCCAGCGAAUACCUGCAGGGAGCAGUGGGGAGCCCGUGCCGCAGCCGGCGGCAGAAGAUUCUCCGGGAAGCAAUGGCUCUGGCUUGACGCAACGUACCAGUAGUUUGCUAGAACCACCUCAGCCUAAACACCUAGCCAUGGCGGCUCGCACACUGGCUCCCGGCCACCAGCAAGAAAUUCGUCACAGGGCGGAAGCAGUUUCUGCUCCUAAUGAACUGGCGCAUCCAGCCGGCCGCAAUGCUGCGCAGACACCACAGGUUGCGUCUACUGCUCCAGACUACCACGAAGCUCGCAGACACCACGAAGCUCAGCGGCGCAGACACCACGAAGCUCAGCUGGGCAGAAGCCCAGAUGAUGUAGCCUUAUCUGCAGGUGAACGCCGAUGGGCUCGUACACCGCCACGACGUCGCUAUGCGACGUCUCCGAGCAGAGGAGCCGACGGCAGCGACAGUAGCGGGGAAGAAAGAUUUUACACCGACGACGCAAUGCCGCAGGACGGAGAUGACGAGGGCGAAGAGGACGACGAAGAUAGAGGGUCUCCGAGUGGAGGAGCCGACAACAGCGACACCGGCCGAAGAGAAGGGAGAGAAGAGCCGGUUGCAUUAUACACAGGACCUGAGUACCUGGCAUCGGAAUCUCCAUCGCCAGGUGGUGCCCUACCUGAGUCGGAAAGUCGGAGUGUCAUGUUGAGUUCUCCACCACGGUUACUGAGCAGACAAGACGGUGACAGCAGCAGUGGGGGAGAAGAUGGAGACAUAGAAGAAAGGACAAUUAUUUACGAAGGAACCGCGGGCGCUGCUGCUCCGGUUGGAACGGUAACGGCAGAACUACCUACGGAGGUCGUCGUUGCCGGAUCUGCCAGGUCCUCUUCGGUGUCUCCAGUCCCCUCCGGUGUUGCGGUUUCUUCUGGUGGCGCGGCAUCUUCCGGUGGCGCGGUUUCUUCCAGUGGUCUCAUCGGCGUCGCCCCUCGGGUGGUUUGCCCCCCAGGCGGGUUAUUCGCCCCCGAGGCGAUCGCGCAAUAUCCGGCACGGGCCGCAGCCGCAGGUAUAGCACAAUCCACGGGUGGAGAAGGCGCUGCCCCUAUGAGUGAGCGCGUGAUCAGAUCGCAACACGGAGAAGUGACACAGGAAACAACUAUUCGUGAGCUCCCGUCGGCGUACAACAGGGCCAGCACGAUCGGUGCCUCACCAGACUACGAACAAGUGAUUCACGGGACUCAGACCUUGACAACACCUGUAGCCGGCGCGGCAAAUGCGGGCGCUAGAUCCGAGUCGAAUACUCCGGACCCAACGCUCAGUUCCUCCCCUUCGCGUUUUGUGGCGAACCCUGAAACUCCAAAUUAUCCUGCUGCCCACACGUAUGGAGAGGCUCCACGUGCAGGACACGAAGCAUCGAUGGGAAGUGGACUGCGGCCAGCAGGGCCGGAGACUGCGCCUCGGGAAAAUGCGCCGUUGCCUCCGGCGGGAGGAACAGUUCCGGAAAUUUCACACCCGGUGGGAGGUGCCCCGUCCAGUCCACCGCAAGGCGCACUCUCACCUUACAGAAUGCGUGCGUCCCCGCCAACACCCCUCCACGUGCAUGCCGGUGCACAACAACCAGUAGCGACCGCCACCUCCAGCAACCGUGGUUCACCUACGUUGCUGUCCCCCGCGGGCAGUCCUCCACCAAUUUCUCCUGACCCCGACAGCGAGGAGGAUGGGGCUGCUACCCCUGGUGACAGCGACAGCCAACCGCAAUCUAUCAACCAAGCCCGAGGACACAUGAACAUGCAACAGCAACAAACUGGGCCGGCUUUGCGCGAGUGCCCAACUGAAGCGGAGGUGCGGGAAUGGAACGCGGCGAAGGACCCUUCACUUGAGGCGGACACGAUCCUGCGCACGGAAGGCGGGAAGCUCCUCCACACCGCAGAGAGCCUGUCACUGACGAAACACUGGGCCUACCUACAGGCGGUGCAUUUGGUGCGCCAGAUGGAGAAGCGCGCGGCCUUCACGGCGACCGGACAGCACGACGCGCAAAGCUUCAGUCUGGAAGCCAGUGAGGUUCGGAACGAGGUACAGAAGGCCCCUUUUUGGGUCUUCAGUGGCGGAAACGGGAGUUCGACGGAAUUUCUCCGCUCGGUCCUCGCGUUGGAAGUUUGGAACGAGUUCGCAAUCGCCUUGUACGCCAUGAGCGACGCGCAGCGGAGGCAGCGCGAGAAGGACCUCCGCGUGCGAAUUUUGACCCUGAACGACGCGGCUUUGGUCCGAACCGGGCUUCUGCCGCCGCCGGACGACCAGAAUUUGCGCCGUGAAAACCGCGCCGAUGCGCGCGAUCUGCGGGAUGUACUCACAGUCUUGCAGAAAUGCAUUACCUUGCCUGCUGCAACGGGCACAAACGUACCCAUCGCUGUGUUUGACGUCGAGGAAGAAAUGCUUUUCUGGCGGGUCCUCGGGGCGGGGCUCUCCCGCUUGGUCGGUUGGGUCCGCAGCCACGAUCGGGGAGUGCCGAUAGAUGGCGAUGUACGUGUGGCAGUAAAGCCGUUCGUCGUGCCCUACGAGCUGGCAACCCGGCUGACGCGCGACGAGAAGAUCCAGGCGCUCGCGCGCUGGACAACUUCGCGGCCGCUCUGGCGCGAGGAGCUCCCGGCCUUCGCCAGUGGGCGCCAGCUCGGGACGAAUAUCGGUGCGCGCUUUUUCCAGUUUCCCAAUGCCGUCUACACGGGAACGGCCAUCACCCCGAACACGGCGUCGCAACUGGUUGGGGAAUUGGCGGUGAAGUUUCCGGACGCGCAGUUUGACGACGUGGACAAGACUGCGGUCAACCACGAGAUUCUGCACAUGCUGCUGGACACGAAAACAAGAAUCAAUCCCGAGGACCGAAUCCUCGACGAAGCGAGUGCAGAUGGAAAGACGACACAGCCAUUGGCGCCUCCAUUUUUCGGUACUAGAAAUUGGCUUCUUUGUUUGUAUUGGACUGCCGUUGAGCCCGCGAACGAACCCGAAUAAUUGAUUGUCCACUUAGGAUCUCUCAUCACGAACAUUCAUGUGACGUCGAGGGCCGCAAUCUUCACUGUGAGGCUCGUCGUUGGAGGAUCGAGUUAAUACGCGAGACUAUUUAUUUUUUGUCUUGUGAAUACUGUGAAAUUGAAUCAAUUGCACAUCCAUGCAUUACCAUUAUCAGGUCCGGAUCUGCGCAAGCUGGUCAUCGAGAAGAUAGGGGGAUACGAGAAGUUGAAGCAGAGCUACUUCAGCGUCGGCGGCAUAGACAUCGUGCUUCAGGGUCCAGCGGAGGCACUGGAUCCAGACGCGCAGCCUACUGGAUCAUCAGAUGGCAUGAUUACCCGGCUGAUGAUCUGCUGCGUCCUCACCGGGGUGCUUCUCCUCGUCGCAAUUGUACUCACUAUCGUACUCAUCCGGGAGUUGCGAAAACGUCAAGAGCGACAGAAAGCGAGGCAAAAAGCCGAAGAGAAACGACAAAAGCGGCAGAAAAAGCAGCUCGUGAACGACACUAUUCUACCCGCUGUGGAAACGCCCGAGAGUUACUUUACGGGAGACGACAUCAUUCUGCGAGACCAAAAGGAAGAACUAACUAGCGACAAUCCGGCCCUCCUGGAAGGAAUAGCCGAGGAAGACAAUGACGGUUUUGGUGCGAUGAAAAAUGAAGUACAAGAGAGGUAGCACAGAUUUGAUGAACAGCAACAAGAAUCAUAUCGACAUAGACUAGCGACAAUCACUCAACACACUGUACAGUAUAAUCAGUCUAUUUGGCACACGCGGAUAAAACCAGACCUUCACAGACGAUGAAGCACUCUACGUAAUAUGCCCGUCGGAUGUAUGUAUGAUAUCAGCAAGAAGGAAUGAGGGUAAAGUUGCCGACCGAAACGGCUCUACAGUGGCAUUAGUCAAAGAAGCUGUGUGCCUCGUCACAAAAUGCCUUACACUGGUAUUUUUCCGAAGGCGACGCGGUCUUGCUGCUUUCCCCUGCUGUGCGACACUUCAUUCAAAACAUGUGCGGAACUUCAUGCCCUCUUCUCCAUUUAAGCCUACAGCUACACGUACAAAUCAACUUGAGGAUAACAGUGCAACUCAAAGGGUG